AUGGAAGAAGGAAGGAGUAUUUAUCCAUCCAUCCAUCCAUCCAUCCAUCCUACCUCCUUCCUCCCCCCCCCAGCCCCCUAGUUCCUCCCAGUUUCUACCUCUAUUCCCCUCUCCCACCCCUACGCCCACCCCUGUUUCCUCAUUCUUUUAUUUUUCCAUCUUCCUUUCUCUGCUCCCCUCUGCUCCAAGUCCCUCGAGCAAUAACUUAAAACAAGUAAUACCACCAUAGCACUUACAGUAGGUAAGCAAUAAACCAAACAUCAAGAGAGGUAAGACCAUCACAUCCAAGACACCCACCCCAUCCAACCCUAAUUCGUCUAUCCCCUCAUCCCAACAAGAGAGCCUUAACCCGCAAUCCUAGGUAACCACCAAAAAAGAAUCCAUCAUAGCAUCGACCUAACUUGCCCACUCAAGGAUCCUACUACCCAGAUCAGAGGAAAGGGAAGGAGCCACUCUACCGUGAAAUCGGCAUUGGUAUUGUCAGUUCGUCUUCGAAAAAUUUCGUUGGGGCAGGCUCGACCCAAGUCACCUCAGACUUCAAGAUCACUCUUGCAUUGAAGUCUGAGAUAUGGGGAGAUGAGACAUGA